GAAUCAAAAUCUAUCAUUUCCGUUCGCAGAGGUAGUCGGAGACUGAGAGAAUCAUCUGAGAUCGGAAAACGAUAUACCUAACAGCUUUCAUUAUGUGGAGGAGAAUCCUUUCAUCGCAUCUUAAAUCCAUCGCCGCCGUUGGAUCCUGCGCGGCUCCUUCGUGCAGACACGCCUUGGCCGAGUCCACUCACCUCUCUCUCUCGACUCGUGCCUCCUCCAUUCCCGCCUAUUCCUCGAUUUUAUCUCGUCAAAUCGGCUCCGCUGCUGCGGAUAGUGCUGUGAAGAAGCGUGUUGAAGAUGUGAUGCCUAUUGCAACUGGGCACGAGAAAGAGGAACUACAAGCUGAAUUAGAGGGAAGGAAGCUGGACGAUAUAGACUUUCCCGAAGGGCCUUUUGGAACAAAGGAAGCUCCUGCUGUUGUCAAAUCCUACUACGACAUGAGAAUAGUAGGUUGCCCUGGUGGUGAAGGAGAGGAUGAGCAUGAUGUUGUCUGGUUCUGGCUGGAGAAAGGCAAGCAUUUUGAAUGCCCUGUGUGUACACAGUAUUUUAAGCUUGAGGUGGUCGGCCCUGGAGGACCUCCUGACGGACAUGGCGAUGAUCAUCACUGAUCCAAAGGAAACAGUCUAAUGUAAUAAGAAAGAGUGUGGCUUCUGGAUAACGUGAAGCUUCGUUUUGUUUUUGUUUAAAUCUCACGCUCCCUGCUUUGCUUUUUUACUAAUUUGGCUUCAGCAAUUGGUUUUAAACACGAAAAAUAGAUGUCCAUCUUGAGGCUCUCGUCGGCUUGACUUUUUUUGUUUUUUUGUUUUGCCAAAUAAUUGAGAGAUGCUACUACUACUACUACAGUCAUUCUUUCUUCUUAUGCUCUUGAUCUUUCUCAGUUA